UCAAGAAGAAGAACAUUUAUUCUAUCACCUCGGGCUCCCCAUUCUUUUGUGUCAGAGCACGCUGCAGUGGCGAUGACUUUAAGGACUGUUACUGUUGUCAUAUUGGCACACAGUGCUUUACUGUGGUCCAGAGGGAGUUCUCAGGAGGUUCCUGUGGAGAAGAUAGUAGCUGCUCCAGGUUCAGAUGCUCUACUCCGUUGCCUGUUUCCUGUGAAACCAAAUAUGGAUUUUGAAAGUUUAAUCGUAAACUGGCGGCAUGGUGAUACAGUGGUGCACAGCUUCUAUCGUCGCAGUGAUCAGCUUGAAAAACAGAGUGAAGUUUACAACGGUCGAACGUCCCUCUUCCAUGACCAGUUGCCGGCAGGAAAUGCAUCACUAAUGUUAAAAGAUAUUCAGCCAGAACAUAAUGGAGAAUACAAGUGUUAUGUGACAUGUAACUCUGGUCUUUAUGCAAAGAAGGUGCAUCUGCUUGUAGCUGCUCCAUAUGAUGAGCCUGAAAUUGCAGUUGAGUAUCUCUGUGAAAAAAUCGUCAUCAGUCUUUCUUCUCAUUCCUUUCCUCAACCUGUUGUGACUUGGUUUGUAUCCGUGGGAUAUGAAAAUACAACUUUAACUCCUGACAGCAGAGGGCGCUAUAGACUGCAGAGCAACAUGACGUUGAACCUGAACUCUACAGAAACUGUGAGAGUAGAGAUGAGUCUGGAUGCGGUGUCACAAAAGUUUAGCUGGGCAGUUACACUACAUCCUCAUCCAGCAUGCUGUGAAGAAAAAAGUCCCCGGUGCAGGAUUGGGUUUGGUGUCGCUCUAGUGGUGUUAAUACCUGCUGUCUUAAUGCUGCUGCUGCAGCGAAAGCGUUGAACACAUUUUUAAUGUAGCUUUUGCACUUUAGAGGCUAAAGCUUUUUGCACUUAAGAAGACUUCCCUCGCCUCUGUCAGUUUUUGUAGCUCCCUCCAACCCAUCACCUCACCCUCUUAUGGUAUCAAUCCCAGUUGAAGCAAAACAAACUUGUGCA